AUGCCAGCGAUCCGCCCCGCUUCCAAGCGCAAGCCGCCGCCGGACGGCUUUAGCGACAUUGAAGAGGACCUACUCAUCUUCGCCAACAAAAUGAAGGAUGCGCAAAACACACCGACAGACAACAUCCCUAAGCACCAGGCGCAAUGGCCCAUCUUCCAGAUAGCCCACCAGCGCAGCCGCUAUGUGUACGAGUUAUAUUACCAGAAGCAAGCUAUCAGCAAGCAGCUGUACGACUGGCUGCUCAAGAACGGCUAUGCCGACGCUAUGCUGAUCGCCAAGUGGAAAAAGCAGGGCUACGAGAAGCUCUGCUGUCUGCGUUGUAUCCAGACCAAGGAGACAAACUUCAACUCAACCUGCAUUUGCCGCGUCCCGAGGGCCCAGCUCAAGGAGGACCAGGACAUACAAUGUGUCAACUGCGGAUGCAGAGGGUGUGCAUCGACUGAUUGA